ACGGGACUCCACUCGGCGACUCCUGUUCUGUCUGUCAGGAGACGUGAGGGCGCAGAGCAGGAGAAGACGAGGUAAGAAGAGGCGGCGACGUCUCCGCCCUUCUCCCCCACGCCGCCGCCGCCGCCGCCGCCGCCCAACCGCCCGAAGUCAGGCCGUCCAAUUUGCGCCGACGAAUAUAUAUCCCCGUCUAAAGCAGAUGUCUCUGGCUGAGGCCUCAGAGCGUCGUCCCAAUUGCCAGAUCAAGAUUGGUUGAAAUGGCCACUUUUGUGUACACACACACUAUGCAGUAUACUAGUAUAAGUAUAUAUCUUUUCUGCAGUCCACUGUUCCCAGGUCUUGAUGUUCGUUUACCUUAUCUUCUCGUGUUAGUGGCUAUGGUCCUUACAAGUGCAAUCCUACUGCUGGGAAGAUUUCUUACGCCUCCGCUGGGCAUAUUCUUUAUGUACUUAAGCGAGCGAGAUAGCGCCAUUGCAAAGCGUACCUAUAAAUAACCGCCCCUUGUGUUGUGCUUGCAGCUCAUCGGCUUCAGGGUGUCAUUGGGAGAGAGUGAGCAUGAGUGGCCCGAGGCAAGGCUCGUCGCAGCCGCAGUUUAUGACUAGCGUCGGGCAGAACAAUAACCUCUCGAAUGGACCGGGGACUCCUCUCAUUGACAGCAUAGAUGUUGAUCAGAUUGUUAUCCCUGAGAAAAAUAGCUGGAAGAACUUAUUUUCAUACAUAGGGCCCGGUUUUCUCGUCUCUAUCGCGUAUAUUGAUCCUGGCAAUUUUGAGACGGACCUACAGGCUGGAGCACAAUACAAAUAUGAGCUUCUUUGGAUCAUACUUAUCGCGUCAUGUGCUGCACUUGUCAUUCAAUCACUUGCAGCCAGCCUUGGGGUUGUGACUGGGAAGCAUCUUGCUGAGCACUGCAGGGCUGAAUAUCCCAAGGUCACAAAUUUCAUCUUAUGGAUUCUUGCAGAACUGGCUGUAGUUGCGUGCGACAUUCCUGAAGUAAUUGGAACCGCUUUCGCUUUGAACAUGCUCUUCAAAAUUCCGAUAUGGUGUGGUGUUCUCAUAACUGGGCUCAGCACUCUGAUGCUCCUGUUCCUGCAACAAUAUGGGGUCCGUAAACUGGAAUUUCUGAUAGCAUUUUUGGUAUUCUUGAUAGCAACUUGCUUCUUAGUUGAACUUGGGUAUUCUAAACCAAAUUCUUCAGAAGUUGUGCGAGGCCUUUUUGUUCCUGAAAUUAAAGGAGAUGGAGCUACAGGUCUUGCUAUCUCACUACUUGGUGCUAUGGUGAUGCCGCACAAUCUUUUUCUCCACUCAGCAUUGGUACUAUCAAGAAAAGUACCACGAUCAGUUCAUGGGAUCAAAGAGGCCUGUAGAUUCUAUAUGAUUGAAAGUGCAUUUGCCCUCACAGUAGCCUUUCUGAUCAACAUCUCUAUCAUAUCUGUUAGUGGUGCUGUUUGCAGUGCAGAUAAUUUGAACCCUGAAGACCGGAUGAAUUGCAAUGAUCUAGAUCUUAACAAAGCUUCAUUCUUGUUAAAGAAUGUCCUCGGAAAUUGGAGCUCAAAGGUGUUCGCUAUUGCCUUAUUGGCAUCUGGCCAGAGUUCUACGAUUACAGGAACUUAUGCAGGACAAUAUGUCAUGCAGGGGUUUCUGGAUCUUCGGAUGACACCCUGGUUACGAAACCUUCUAACUAGGUCCCUGGCAAUUGUGCCUAGUCUGAUUGUGUCACUAAUUGGCGGUUCCUCAGCAGCUGGGAAGUUGAUUAUCAUUGCAUCAAUGAUCCUGUCAUUUGAACUUCCUUUUGCUCUGGUACCGCUCCUUAAAUUCACCAGCAGCAAAACAAAGAUGGGGCCACACACAAAUUCAAGAUUCAUUUCCGUGCUCACAUGGGCGAUCGGCUCCUUCAUCAUGGUCAUCAACAUCUACUUCCUGAUAACGAGCUUCGUCAGGCUGCUUCUUCACAGCGGACUAUCCACCGUCUCCCAGGUGUUCUCCGGGAUAUUUGGGUUCCUCGGCAUGCUGAUAUACAUCGCCGCGAUCCUCUACCUCGUCUUCAGGAAGAACAGGAAGUGUACCUUGCCGUUGCUCGAGAGCGACGCGAAGCUUGGGGACGCAGGCCACACCGAGGGAGAAGGUUCUCUGGGUCAUCUUCCGCGAGAGGACAUCUCCAGCAUGCAGCUUCCUCAUCAGCGCCCUGCGUCUGAUUUGGACUAGCCGAAGUAGCCGCAGCGAGGAAACUAGAUAUGUUUCUGGUCAUGGUGAUGAUGCAGUAGCUGCAUAACUGAAGAAGUUAGGUGUCAUCCGGUAUAGAUGUAGAUAACCGAAGUGAUUUUAUAGUGGCCGAAUUAAAAUCUUUCUUGCGGAAAUGGAUAGUUGGUAUAGUUGCCAAUAACUUUCGAUGGUACUAUCGAUUGGAGACAAGUGGGUCUAUAUUAUAUCUAGAAAGAGAAAAAGAAUGAAUUUCAUCUGCUCGCGA